AUGAAGGUGUGCGCGCUCCUGUCCGGCGGCAAGGACUCGGUCUACACCCUGCACGCCGCCGUCGUCGAGGGUCACCUCCCCGUCGCCCUCGCGUCCCUCGUGCCGCCUCGAGGCCAGGACGAGCUCGACUCGUUCAUGUACCAGACCGUCGGCUCAUCCGGACUCGCCACCCUCGCCGACGCCCUCGACCUCCCGCUUGUCACCCACACCAUCACGGGCACCGCGAGGAACCAGCGCGCAGAGUACGGCUCGCGCGAGGGCACAGCGGCGACGACGACGGCCGACGACCAAGGCGACGAGACUGAGGACCUGUACGACCUCCUCGUCAAGCUCGCCCACCCGGACGUCAAGGCCAUCACGGUCGGCGCCAUCCUGUCCAACUACCAGCGCGUGCGCGUCGAGCACGUCUGCGCCCGCCUCGGCCUCGUCCCGCUCGCCUACCUGUGGGAGCGCGACCAGAAGGACCUCCUCGCCGACAUGGUCGACGCCGACAUCGAGAGCAUCCUCGUCAAGGUCGCCGGCGCAGGGCUCGGCGUCCAGCACUUGGGCAAGACGCUCGCCCAGAUGCAGCCGACUCUUCUCAAGCUCAACAAGAUCUACGACACGCACCCGUGUGGCGAGGGCGGCGAGUACGAGACGUUCACGCUCGACGCACCGCUCUUCCUCCGGCGGGUCCAGCUG